AACCUCCAUAUGAAUAUCUAUAGGAGCUUAACUGGCAGAGAAGCAGCAAAGUGAAGGAAAUCUAAACUGUCAGCAUGAAAGCUGCCAAGCUGGUUUAUGCACAUUCUAACAGCCGCUCCCUUCACAACAGUCACAGCAACAAAAAUUAAACACCUCUGUGAGGUUGGUACUUGGAAAAAGUUAUGUUCUUCAUAACCAGAGAAAAACGUAGUGGUUGGAUUUUCAAGAAUAUAAUGAUCCUUGUGAUUUUCCUACAAGCCUCCCUGUAUUCUUUUGCAAUGGGAGAAAAUGUUUUGGAGGGAGCAGAAUCAGUUGUGCUGCCAUGCCACUACUCAGGUAUUUUACCAGAGCGAAACCCCACAGUGAUCUGGAGACGCUAUGAUCUCAAACCACAAACUAUCCAUGUGCGCCGAGAAGAUGAUGAUCUUCGUGGACAAAAUCAACGUUUCAGUGGGCGAACGUCAAUGAAAUCUAAUGCUUUAGAUUCUCUUGACUUCAGCCUCACUCUGAGAAAACCUCACUUCUCUGACAGUGGUACCUACACCUGCAGCCUCAGGGACGACAGAGAAGAUAUCACACUAACAGAUGUUCAACUGCAGGUUGAAGUUCAACAGGUAGAAGUAAAGGUGCAGGAGGGAGAAGAGUCUGGAGUUCUGCCCUGUAAAACAACAGCUCAUGUGGAGGAGGAUGACACUGUGGAGUGGACCCGUACUGAACCAGAAUUCAUGAUUGCCUAUGUGUAUCAGAAUGGCAGCAACAAAGCUAAAGAACAAGACAAGUUUUACUGUGAACGUACAAUAAUGAAUAAAGAGCAAGUAAAAAGUGGAGACCUCAGUCUGACCCUCAAAUACCCCACAGAGAGAGAUAGUGGAGUCUACAUCUGCACCUUCUACAAGAAAAGUGACGUCGUCAGACAGAAAGUGAUUCUUCAUCUUGUCAAAGAAAAAUUUCCACCAUGGGCCAAAGCUUUCCUGGUUCUUUUUGUCGUUCUUCUUGUUUUUGGAGGCCUUUUCUUUCCCUUCCGCCAAUAUUUCAAGUCAGUCUACAAGGUGGAGGUGGAUUCAGGAAUGAAGUCUGUUACGCUGCCCUGUAAAACCAUAGUUCGUCUGCCCAAAGAUGUAACAGUAACAUGGAAAAAUAACACCAGCCGAUUAGUCCACCUGCAUGAGGGCUGUGGUAAAAAGCUUGAAGAACAGCACAAGCAGUACAAAGACCGAACUGAGAUGAAGGGAAAUUUAAAAUUUGGAGAUUUUAGUUUGAUCCUGAAGAACCCGACAGACAGAGAUACAGACACCUACACCUGCACCAUCUCCAACAGAUGGGGGAAGAUCUUGAUCAAGAAACAAGUGCUGCUCUAUGUCAAAGCUGGAGCUGACUCUUUCAUAAUAGCCAUAGACAUUGGUUCAGGAUACAGCAGCUAUGCUUUCAAUGUUAAACCCAGAGAGGAAGGAAGUGAGACCCAGAUAAAGAGAUGGGGUAAGGAACUUGGACUAGACACCCCAAAGACUUCUUCGUGCAUCCUACUUGAUGAACAUGGAGGUUUCGUACAUUUUGGUUAUAAAGCCAAAACAGCAUACACCAAUAUGACAAGAGAAGAAGCUGAGAAACAUCAUUUCUUUGAACAUUUCAAGACGGCUCUUGAUUGCGAUGACCUCAGGAAUCAGAAAAUUAAAGCAGCCAAUAAUAAGUCUCUUAAGGCCUUGAAGGUCUUCACAGAAGUUCUUGGAUAUCUAAAGGAUGACGCUUUGGAAACCAUCAAAGCCCAGGCCAAGGAGGGCGAGUUUACAGCCUCUGACUUCACCUGGGUGCUAACUAUUCCUGCCUUCUGGGGUCAUCCAGCUAAACGGUUUAUGACAGAUUCUGCAACCCAGGCUGGUCUUGUAACAAAAGGAACAAAAGGCAAACUGAUGGUUGUUUUGGAGUCAGAAGCAGCUUUGACUUGGUGUUUGAAGCUUCAAUCUGAUGGUUUCAUCACACAGAACCACAGCAGAGACUCACAGGAUCAACCUGCAGGAGCAGCAGAACCUGAUACCAGCUGUAACGGCUUACCCAAAAGUCAGGUGGCAGUAGAUAUGGUAAUGAAACAAGAAGAAACCAAAGACCUGCUGAACAACCAUCACAGAAACGGAAAAGGAUAUGUUGUUGUCGACUGUGGAGAUGAAACAAUUGACUUCACUGUUCACAAAGUUAUGGAAGGAGGAUCCCUCAAGAAGCUGUAUGAGGCCCCUAAAAACGAACUGGGAGGACAAACUGUGGACAAAAAAUUUAAAUUGUUUCUGAAAGAAAUUUUCUCUAAUGGAGUCUGGGAUGAAUACGAACAAAGCUUCCCCAGUGAGGUUCAGAAAAUCAUGUAUGAUUUUAUUUGUCUUAAACAGCUGGAUGAAGAUGUUCAGAUCAACUGUCCAUUUAACUUGGGAAUGUUGGCUGAGGAACAUAAAGAGAUUGAAACGUUCUUUGAUUCAGUGGAAGGAGCUUCCUGGGAUGAUGGAUCUAUCAGAAUCUCCAGAAAGAAACUGAAAUCUUUCUAUGAUGAGAGUCUGCAGGGAAUCACCAAGAGCCUUGGAGAAAUAUUAAAAAAAGAUCUCAACAUUGGUUAUAUUGUGUUGGUGGGGGGUUUGGCUGAGAACCAGAUUCUACGUCAGCACAUCGCUGAUCAGUUCGAACAUCAGUAUAAAGUCCUGUGUCCUCUUAGACCCCAGGAAGCGAUCCUGAAAGGAGCCGUAGAGUUGGGGAGAAACCCAAAGUUGGUGGAGUCUCAGAAAAAAUAUCCAGCUUGGUUGAAUUUCUUUUUUGAGAAUUUUAAAGAGUAAAAAAAAUGUGUUUCUUACUGUACUUUAACCGUGUACUGUACUGAUAACAGUGUUCAGUAUCUAGGAAACCAGGUGUAAAGAAGUUUGUUUUUUUUUGGUCAGCCUCUUUAUUAACACAUGUAUCAUCACCAUACUACAUGUGCAUGUGUCAUUGAAUUUAAUCAAAUUAAGGAAAUAAGAGGCAUACUUUCAGAAUUAACAGUCAUCUGCUGCUGGAAAAUUCUCCAAACAAUACAUUCUGUACAGUUACUAUUUUCUGCUGUCAAUUUAUGUAUCACUCUUUAACCUUUUUUGUUAUGUUUGAGGAGAGUCUGCAAGCCUCAGUAACUGAUGUUUGAACUUCUUUUUGAACUUGAUGUGACAUGCUAAGAUUGGAUCUAUUUGUGUAAAGUGAUAUUUAAAUCCAUCAUUUGUACAUGACUGCUAUAACUAUCCAAUAAAAAUUUUGCAAA